CUAGAAGGAGCACGACUUCCGGCGUAAGGUGUAGUCGUCGCGUGUCCGAUCAGAUGGCGGCACCGUUGCUUCACACGCGGUUGCCUGGAGAUGCCGCCGCUUCGGCAGCUGCAGUCAAGACGCUGGGCGCGUCGAGGACCGGGCUUUCAGAUAUGCUUGCACUAGAAAAUGAUUUCUUCAAUUCUCCCCCAAGAAAAACUGUUCGGUUUGGUGGAACUGUGACAGAAGUGUUGCUGAAGUACAGAAAGGGGGAAACAAAUGACUUUGAGUUGUUGAAGAACCAGCUGUCAGAUCCAGAGAUAAAGGAUGACCAGAUCAUUAACUGGCUGCUGGAAUUCCGUUCCUCCAUCGUGUACUUGACAAAAGACUUUGAGCAGCUUAUUAAUAUUCUGUUGAGGUUGCGGUGGUUAAAUAGAAGUCAGACAGUGGUGGAGGAGUAUUUAGCUUUCCUUGGUAAUCUUGUAUCAGCACAGACUGUCUUCCUUAGACCAUGUCUCAGCAUGAUUGCUUCUCAUUUUGUACCUCCCCGAGUGGUCACUAAGGAAGGUGACAUAGAUGUUUCGGAUUCUGAUGACGAAGAUGAUAAUCUUCCUGCAAAUUUUGACACAUGUCACAGAGCCUUACAAAUAAUAGCAAGAUAUGUCCCAUCAACACCAUGGUUUCUUAUGCCGAUACUGGUGGAAAAAUUUCCGUUUGUUCGAAAAUCAGAGAGAACAUUGGAGUGUUAUGUUCAUAACUUACUAAGGAUUAGUGUGUAUUUUCCGACCUUGAGACAUGAAAUUCUGGAGCUUGUUAUUGAAAAGCUGCUCAAGUUGGACGUGAAUGCAUCCCGGCAGGAUAUUGAAGAUGCUGAGGAAACAGCAACUCAGACUAGUAGUGGAACAGAUGCCACAGAAGGGCUCUUUAAUAUGGACGAAGAUGAAGAAACUGACCGUGAAACAAAGGCCGAUCCAGGAAUGCUUGAUCAGAUGGUCCAUCCUGUAGCUGAACGCCUGGACAUCCUGCUGUCUUUACUUUUGUCCUACAUUAAGGAUGUCUGCUAUGUAGAUGGUAAGCUUGAUAACAACAAAACAAAGGAUUUAUAUCGAGAUCUCAUAACCAUCUUUGACAAACUCCUGUUGCCCACCCAUGCCUCUUGCCAUGUGCAGUUUUUCAUGUUUUACCUCUGUAGCUUUAAAUUGGGAUUUGCAGAAGCAUUUUUGGAACAUCUGUGGAAAAAAUUGCAGGAUCCAAAUAAUCCUGCUAUCAUCAGGCAAGCUGCUGCAAAUUAUAUUGGAAGCUUUUUGGCAAGAGCUAAAUUUGUUCCUCUUAUUACUGUAAAAUCAUGCCUCGAUCUUUUGGUUAAGUGGCUGCACGUAUACCUUACUAACCAGGAUUCAGGAACAAAGGCAUUUUGUGAUGUUGCUCUCCACGGACCAUUUUAUUCAGCCUGCCAAGCUGUGUUCUACACUUUUGUUUUUAGACACAGGCAGCUUUUAAGUGGAAACCUGAAGGAAGGUUUGAGGUACCUUCAAAGUCUAAAUUUUGAACGGAUAGUGAUGAGUCAGCUAAAUCCUCUGAAGAUUUGCCUGCCCUCGGUAGUUAACUUUUUUGCUGCAAUCACAAACAAAUACCAGCUUGUUUUCUGCUACACCCUCAUUGAGAGGAACAACCGCCAGAUGCUGCCAGUUAUCAGAAACACUGCUGGGGGGGACUCAGUGCAAACCUGCACGAACCCACUUGACACUUUCUUCCCCUUCGAUCCUUGUGUACUGAAGAGGCCCAGUGUGGAGAAGCCUGUUCAAGGCUGCUGAGGGUCGUGGCACAGGAGGGCUUGCAGGUCUCUCCCUCAGUAGGAGCCCAGAUUGACACCAAGAGGUUUUUGCUUUUCUUGAAACCUGUUGGUUUAAAAAUACAAGAGGCUGGGGAUAGAGGUACCUGGAUAGGGAGGAUGCUGCCUUUUCUUGGGUCAUAAAUUUCUGCCAAAUGACUUGUUCCUUCUUCUAGAGACCACAUCCCAUACUGUUGCACAGGAUAAGCAAAUGCCAAGUGAUUUAUCUGGAUGGGUAGUUCUGGAAAACCCCCAGGCCAGUCUUAACUUCAAAUGUAUAUAUAUAUAAGGAAGCAGGAUUUCUGCUUAUGACAGUUUGUAACUAACAACACAAUGAUUUGGGAUUAUCUGGUCCCCCAAGUCUUGGUUGACUGAAACCAGAUUGGUCUUUUUACCCAGAUUUAUUUUUAGUAAAUGACUAUAGGAAUAUUAAAAAGGAAUUUCCAGAAUAAUAUAAUUUCACCUUCAUUUGGACAUAUUAUAAUUCACCGUUAAUCUUUGCAAAGUUGAGAAGUAAUUUCACUUGAAAAUGAAAAGUUGAGAAACAGUAGGUGUAAUACUCCAUCUACGUGAGUGGAUGAACUCUUACAAAGAAGGAGCCCCGUUAGUUACAGAACCUACAUAGGAUAUUUUUGGACACCAUUAUUAUUUGAGCGAUAGUUUUUACUUCUUCAUUUUGGGUAAUGGGUCUUGUGAGAAAAGAGUUAAAUAUGUGGUGACCUUUGCUGUAGUAUUUAAUUUGAUUUUGAAAC